AUGCAGUGGCUUGCCCAGCUGCCUCCAGAGCAGUGCCCAAUGAUAGUGCACAUCCAGGAAACGCAUUGGUCGCACGAUCAGGAAUACAGCACACCGGGCUGGCAUAUCACAUCAUCGGCCUGUCCCUCCCCUAAGGCAGGGGGUCUCCUCACCCUAGUUAGCGCCCAGCUCUGUUCGGCAAAUCAAAUCUCAUCCUCCUCUCGCGUCGCAGGCAGGCUGCUCCACGUCCGCAUCGAUCUGGGAGACCGCACGGUGGAUGCAAUUAACACCUACCAGAAGGUUUAUCAUUCUGGCAGCACGAGAAUCGAGAAAGGUCAGACUCAAAUCGCGGCCGAUCAGCGCCGCGAUGUCUGGACAUCUCUUCGUGGCCUCCUCAAAGAGAUUCCGAUCCGUCACCAUUUAAUUUUGUCUGGCGACUUCAACUCGCCUGCCCCGCUCAUCCCCGAACUGGUGGGAAGCAAGGCCAGGGCAUUUCGCACACCAAUGGUCCCAGAUCUGGCUGCCUUGGAGGCCCUGCUCGUAGAUUUUCAGCUGCUUCAUCUUAACAGUUGGACUCGCAGAGCUGGCCCGACCUUUAUCUCCCCGCAGGGCGCAUCUCAGAUCGAUCAUGUGUUUGUGCGCAAGGCCGCCGCCGAUAUGCCUGCCCGCGGCGGCAGCCCCUGCAACUGGCCUCUGGCGGCCUGGAGACAAGGGGGCCGCCAUCGCCCGGUGCAAGUCUCACUUCCCAUUCGACCCUACCGCGCCCUGGGCAAGUCACAACCCAAGCGUGCUCUCCUUGAUCUCCAAGGCCUACGCAACGCCUGUCGCGACCCGAGCCAUCCAGGAAUCCGGCAACUACGUGCCUCCGUCGAGGCCCUGCUCUCGGACUCCCCUGAGGCCACUGUCGAAGAGGUCAACUCCCACGUCCUGCAAAAAGCGACGGCGGUGUUCCCAGCUGUCCGUAACCAGGGACGCGUUGUCCCCUGGCAAUCCCCCACUGUUGAACUCAGCGUCAAAGGUAUGUGGCAAGCCUACCACUGCUGGCGGCAUGGACCGACGACAGGACGUCGAAACGUCUUUGCUCUCUGGCGUGCUUACUCCGCCUUUCGCCGAGCACACAAGCAGUUCCGUCAGAGGACCCGCGAAGCCAAACGGGCCUGGUUUCAUGAUCAAAUUCUUGGUAUGGAGCGUGCAUCUGCUGCCGGGGACGUUAGAGCGCUCUUUCGUCUGGCUGGCGCCCUCCUGCCCAAGCAACCACGUCGCAAACUCCAGCUCCGAGGUCCCAACGGUGAGCUUUGGUCCUCCACGCAACAGGUGGACUGCCUCAAAACUUUCUUUCAGGAUCUGUAUGCGCCUGAGGACGAACCGGCACUGCCUCCUCUACCGCCACUUCAAGCCCCCACAAUUUCCUCCUCUGAGGCCCACCAUCGACUCGCAAAGCUCCCAGUACACAAAGCCACCCCAGCGCAUCAGGCACCCACGGCGGCCGUCGUUGCCUGUGCUGAUCUUCUUGCGCCCUGGCUCAGUGACAAGGUCGGGUCUCUAUCCUCAUUCCCGGCUGUCUGGUCAGACUGCUGGCUGGCCUUAAUGCCCAAGGUCAGUCAUCCAGUACUCCCACGACAACUACGCCCUAUCGGGCUCACGGAAAGCACGAGCCGUGUUCUGGCCGGACACCUACAAGAUGCUCUCAAGCCCUACCUUCAAGCCUUCGUUGGCCCAUGGCCCCAGCUUGCCUAUAUGGCAGGACGCAGCACAGGAGAGGCGCUGCAUCGUGUGUUCAGCCAUUGUCACGAAGUGUCCGCGGCCAAUCUUAAACCUGCCUACAAUAUCCACCGUGCCAGAGAGAAGCUGGCCCAGGCUGGCAAACCCUCAUCCCCAUCCUCUGCCUCCAAGCGGCAACGGACUGGAGGGGUCCAGGCAUCACUGGACCUUUCUCAAGCGUUUGACCGGCUCAGCUGGAGUCUUAUACACGAAGCCUUGCUUGAGGCCCAAGUUCCUAUCGAACUGAGGGUACAACUACUUGAGUUUUACAGAGGUCUGGGCUAUCACCUGACCUUCGGCUCUGAGCAAGCCACCGUCCACGCCUUGCGGGGAGUCAAACAGGGCUGUAAAGUGGCUCCACUAUUGUGGAGUCUGGCUACAGGUCUGCUUAUGCGCCGAUUGGCCCGCGCGACUUCCUCUGAGUGGGUCCGUCGCGCCCUCACGGCCUUUGCUGAUGACUUUCACAUUGGGCAGGUUGUACACUCCACCCGAGAUUUGCUUCUGUCCAUCGACAGGCUCGGUCACGUCUUGCAACUGCUCAUUGAUGCACGUAUGAAAGUCAACAUUGACAAAUCCGUGAUUCUCCUCUCUGUCAAUCAUUCCUAUGCCAGCCGCUGGCGACGUAGAGAAAUUCUCUCUGGCAAGGUUGGCCCGCGCCUGCGCAUACCAACUCCCACGGCAGGCACCUUCAAGAUGCCAAUCGUGACUACUCAUAAGUAUCUGGGAGCCAUUAUCUCCUACCAGGAGGACUGUACGCAGCUUACGGCACAUCUGACAGGUGAAUCCACAAUUGCUUUACAUCAUCGCCUCCGGGUUCCCCUGGUGUUAGACGCGCUGCGACAGGCCUCUCACCGCCGAGCGGCCCGGUGGGCCGCCAUCCCCCCUGAGGAAGCCCACCUUCUCAACCGCAUGUGGCAAGCACGCAUAGAUGAUGCCCUUCAGAAACUCGACUCUCCCCUUCAGCCACUGUUGGAAGUCACCACGGCCCCCUCGACAAGCUUUGCCCUGCAGGACAAUCCAUCAACCACGGGUGCUCUGGAAUCGGGAAUGCAAGAAGAAGGAUGGUCAUGUCUGGAGCCACCCCUUUUGGCAGAGUGCCCUGCUGCGCACUCUUGCCCGAACCCGGCUUCCUCCUCUUCACCUCCGGGGCAGCCUACAGCUGCCGCCACCAUGGCGGAUGCCGAGGAUAUACUGUCCAUUCGCCAUCAGCCUGUCUCGCAGCCGCUGGCUUAUACCCCGGCCUUUCAAACACAGCUGCGACGUCUUGGCUGGCAGGCGCUCCUCUCGAGGCCAGAUCUCAGGAGCUCACUGAAGCACCACUGCCCGCUGUGCUCUCAGUGGACUGCUUCCCCUUCGGGGCUCAAGGUGCAUUUGCAGCAGUCACACCCGGAAUGGAAAGCUCUCCGCCCGGAAUCUCGCAUUGAUCUCCAACAUCACUGGAAGCAGUGUUACAUGAUUACCUUGCUCAGCUUCCUAGAGUGCUGGCUGAACAACACCUUCCCUGCCAUAGCCUCCACUGCCCUGGACCAAUCGGAUCAACGCGAAUUGGGCCUCUUCCAGAACUUCAUGACACCGCCGGCGGGCAUGGAUGCAGCUCAACUCAAGCGCCGCCGGGGGGAGGAGCCGGAGGCACAACAAGCCCUAUUCCUGAACCACUCGUCCGGCUCCCAGGCUUCAGCGUCGACCAUGACGUUCGCCAGCACGAGCUUGGAACCCAAGGGCAAAGGGAAGGGCAAGCAGCCCAAGGGCAAAGGACGGGGCAAAGGGGGCAAAUCACGCCCAGCUGCCCAACAGUCGUGGAACGACCAAUGGAGCUCGGAUCAGUCUUGGUCCAGCGGCCACUCCUGGACUUCCUCCGGCGACCUGACCGGUCAAAUGGCCCGUCUCCUUCUUCGCCACGAGCAGCAGCUGCAGAGCAUCCAACAGGACUGCAAGCUGCAUCUCUAUCUCCGAAGUGGGAAGGAAUCCUUUCUUCCCAAUCUAUGCGAGAUUGCCAAGGAAUGGAGCCGCCUUCGUCGCGACGAACCGGGGAAGAUCAACAGUCCGCUGCGCACUCUCCUCCUCAAAGCCAUCUUGCAGGAGAUGGAGACCCGGAUCAAGCUCACCAUCAGCAAGGAGAAGCAGGCGGCCAUCGACAUGCAGUGGUACAAGGAGGAGGAAGGCUGGACUUACAUGCAGUGGAAUGCACAGAAAGGCCAGCUCGAACUUCAAGCUGCUCCGAGUCCACUUGCCACCGAGACCCUCCUCGAGCUCCUCCGAGAGCUUCGCACCCUAGUGAAUCCGGACUCUGUGAAGAAAUUCGCAUCACUCCGCGGACUUCCACAGGAACCCCAGUCCGAAUGGAUCCACUUUCAGCUGGAGCUCGGGUUUCGACCACAGGGGGAUCGCAUGUGGGAGAUCUUUCAAAUGCUGCUCAACCAGAGUUGCCUCCAUCCUCUCGGAGCGCCUUGCGGCCCAAAUUCAACAGGCGGUCGGCGGCUGGUGAAAUCAACCACACCCUUGGCCUCGACCUCAGCCUCUUCUGGCAUACGUCGCUUUCUCAGAAUGUCCCGGGAUUUGCCCUUAGAUACUGCCUGCUCCUCGCCCUCAUUUGUGCCCACAGAAGUCCCCUCGCACUUUCAGCCUUUGCUUCAUGCAGUCCUCCACAAUGCAGACGGCACUGCCUGCUACAUGAACACAGCACUCAUUGCCCUGCUCUGGGCAAUUGGCUGCCAUGAUCCCACUCGAUCAGGCUCAUUGAGCAGCUUAUAUCAGUGCCUGACUGCGAGGUCGGACCUUCGACUGAUGCGCAACAUGUGCUGGACUAUGUUGCUGGGGAACUGGGCCAGGCCCAAUCAACAACACGACAUGCACGAAUUUCUACUUCAUCUCAUGCCGAGAGUUCGAUUGGAGGCCUUCAGCGGUUUGUGGCAAACUCGCAGACUGGAGGACACGGGCACUGUGAUUUGUGCAUCUUCCAAUGCACUGCUCCCGGUCACACUUGACCUGCCCCUGGAGGCUCGGGGGCUUCAGCAUUGCGUACAGGAGUGGUCUGCCCAGCAUUACCAUACCGCUUUCAAUGGCAAUAUGCCUCAUCUCAUUUGCCUCCACUUGUCGCGCUAUAGGCGUGAUGAUGAACGGGGCAUUUUCAGCAAGGACGAUCAGGCUCUCCCAGACUGGUCUGAAGUGAUACGCAUUCCACAAUUUGCGAUGUCACAUGACAUACAGAAGCAUUGGAGACCCUAUCAGGUGUGUGCCAUGGCUCUCCACUAUGGGCCUGCCUUGCACCAGGGGCAUUACCGCUGCUUAACGCGCUGGGGUCAAAAUCCAGUGCGUGUCUGGCUGCAUGACGACAAUCAUGCAGCUGAGCCUCUCUCCUUGCCCGACUCUGUUGAGCUCAGUCGCAAAGCCUACUUGCUAUGGGCAAUGCGAAUGGACUGA